AUGUCUCAAAAGAAGCAAACUACUCCCUUAGAUUUCAUCAAGGAUUUCUUGACUGGUGGUGUCUCCGCCUCCAUUUCCAAGACUAUCGCUUCCCCCAUCGAAGUCAUCAAGAUGAGAGUUUAAAAUCAAGAUGAAAUGAUCAAGCAAGGUGCCUUGGACAAGAGAUACAACGGUAUUGUUGACUGUUCCAAGAGAAUCCUCAAUGAAGAAGGUGCUAAGGCUUUCUGGAAGGGUAACUGGACUAACGUCUUAAGAUAUUUCCCCACUCAAGCCUUGAACUUCGCCUUCAAGGAUACCUUCAAGAGAAUGUUCAAUAAAAAGAAAGAAGACGGUUAUGCUAUCUGGUUCGCUGCUAACAUGGCUUCCGGUGGUUUAGCUGGUUCCGUCUCUCUCGCUUUCGUCUACUCUUUGGACUACGCCAGAACUAAGUUAACCAACGAUUUAAAAUCCUCCAAGAAAGGUGGUCAAAAGUAAUACAGCGGUUUAGUUGAUGUUUAUAAGAAAACUCUUGCUACCGACGGUGUUGCUGGUCUCUACAGAGGUUUCGUUAUUUCUUGCGUUGGUAUUGUUAUUUACAGAGGUCUUUACUUCGGUCUCUACGAUACCGUCAAGCCCUUACUCCCCAGUAACAUUAAGAACAACUUCUACGUUAACUUCGGUGUUGGUUGGACCGUUACCGUCCUCGCCGGUUUGGCCUCUUACCCCAUCGAUACCAUCAGAAGAAGAAUGAUGAUGACCUCCGGUCAAGCCGUCAAGUACAACGGUUCUAUUGACUGUUUCUAACAAAUUGUUGCCAAGGAAGGUGCCCUCUCCUUAUUCAAGGGUGCUGGUGCUAACAUUCUUAGAGGUGUUGCUGGUGCUGGUGCUAUCUCUGGUUACGACUGGAUCCAAAGAAAGAUCGACCCCAAUGCCAAGCCCUCUUCUGAGUGA